AUCGUGUUCCCCUCUCUUUUGUUUCAACCGAACCCCCUAGCACAGGAUGAAGGGUCGGACAGACGCCCCACGCGAUAGGGGCUGGUUGGUGGGGAUCAUCUUCUUCAUCCUGGGUGUCGGGACGCUGCUACCAUGGAACUUCUUCAUGACCGCCUCCAUGUAUUUCAACAGCCGCCUCAACAAGACCGAACGGCGCAACGGCACGGUGGUCUCCAACAAAGAGUACUACUUCAACAACUGGAUGACUCUGUUGUCCCAGCUCCCCCUGCUGCUCUGCACUCUGCUCAACUCUUUCUUCUAUCAGCGGAUAUCAGAGAUGGUGCGGAUAGCGGGCAGCCUGGUCUUCAUCUUCAUCCUCUUCAUCCUCACUGCCAUCCUGGUCAAGAUCCCCAUGGAGGAGGACCGCUUCUUCUCUGUUACGAUGGCUACCAUCUGGUUCAUCAACUCGUUUGGAGCGGUGUUACAGGGCAGUCUGUUUGGCCUGGUGGGUCUGCUGCCUCAGAAGUACAGUGCUGUGUUCAUGAGUGGCCAGGGGUUGGCCGGCACCUUCGCUGCUAUCGCCAUGCUGGUCUCCAUAGCCAGUGACACGGACCCUGAGACGGCUGCGUUGGGUUACUUCAUCACGCCGUGCGUAGGAACCCUGAUCACUCUGCUUAGCUACCUCCUACUGCCUCGCUUGGAGUUUUCCCAGUUCUACUUGGACAAGAGCAGGAGUUAUGAGGUGGAGACCACAGAUGAGCUGCUGAAAGUGACAGAGAGUGUCACGGCGGAGAACGGCAAUCUGUAUGGCGACGCCAAUGACUCAUUGGCCAAUGGGGGUGCCAGCGGCGAAGAGGUGGAUGUAGAGGGGGCUGGGGCCAGUCCCAAGCAGGCCUUCUUAACCCUGGAGCAGGCUGAGGACAGGGAUAGGAAGUCCACCAUCAUGGAGGUGUUUAAAAAGAUAUGGGUGAUGGCGUUCUGUGUAGUUUUUGUCUUCACCGUCACUCUCGCUGUGUUCCCCGCCGUCACUGUGGACGUCAAGACCAAAUACCCUGGGAAAUGGGAACCCUAUUUCAUCUCUGUGUGCUGCUUCCUCAUCUUCAACGUGUGUGACUGGAUCGGCAGAACCGUCACCACCUUGGUCCAGUGGCCCCCCAAGGAGAGUCGUCUGUUCCCAGGGCUGGUGGUCUCCAGGGUGGUGUUUGUUCCUCUACUGAUGCUGUGUAACGUCCAGAGCCGCUCCUACCUCCCCGUCCUCUUCUCCCACGACGCUGCCUUCGCUUUCAUCAUGACGCUCUUCUCCCUGUCCAGCGGCUACUGCGUCUGCCUGUCCAUGUCCUACGCCCCACAGUUGGUGGCUCCCAAAGAUGCAGAGACGGCAGGGGCCCUGAUGACUUUCUUCCUGGCGCUGGGCCUCUCCAUCGGGGCCGGCCUGUCCUUCCUGCUCCGCCUACUAGUCUAGACACACACACACACACACACACACACACACACACACCCAGAGGACCACCACCAUCCGUCAACGCCAUCCGCUGUCAAGUGACAACGGAUACCUCCAUCCCCAUCCGUAAAGUGGCGGGACACGCCAUGACAUCAUCGCCAUCUUCAUACCUAGAAGGACCCAGGAUGGGAAUAGAGCUGCCUACGGAAAAGCCUGCAUCAAAAUGACAUUAGUACUGACCACAAUAGAUAUUAUACCAGGGAUUGAGUAUCAUCUCCCCAGAUGCCUGACAUGCACUACACUUAUUGAAAUAACUGAGAUAUUAACAGUAUAACGCUACAUGAAUACUAGCUAGCUACUUUACAACUGGUUUACAGUGGUAAUUAGUAAAAGGCACUGGUUGCCUCUCAUCGGAUGGACACCGUCAGUGCCAAACAGUUUUAAACUUGGGUCGUUAUUUUUUAGUUGGACCAUUUUAAGGAGUUUGUUUUGUAUAAUAAUGUUUUCCUGUUGUUUUCUUCUCUCUUUUUUAAAGGCACUAACCUUAGUCAAGUACUGUAGCUGUAAGAGAUUAUGGAGAACUAAUGGAUUGUUCCACAAAGUAGAUCAUUUUCUCAUGGAAGUCUUUUUUAUUUUCAUAACGACAUCAGAUUAAAUCAGGAUUACUAGCUCUGAUGAGUAAGUACUUUUAUUUUUCAGCUAAGCAUUUCAUUUGAUUUAAAACGUUUGAUUUGUUUUGGAUAUCAUGACGGUAUGAAAUAGUACAAUAUUUUUGCACGGAAGACCAAUUAAAUUAUUUUCCUUAGUUUGCGUUUGGUUACAGAUAGAUAGGUUUAUUCAUUAUUGUUAUUUGCACAUCAUUACAAAGGCAUUACAUUACACAGACAACAUGGACAUUGGUCUGUGGACAUCAGCACACUCAUGUCGUUCUAGCCAAUUGGAGUGGAGAGGACCACUUGGGGUUUGUUCAAUAGAGUGAAACCGAUAGAAAAAAUUCACUAUUCACUUCCUGUUUAUGUCAGGAUAAUGGCCCAGUAGGACUGGUUUUCGAAACAGGAUAUGAUGCAGUGUAAUGAUAGGACCAGAGGGCAGGCAGGUUAUGGGAACCAGACCACAUUUCACUCCUCCUUUCAUCUAUUCUCCUGAGGGUAGCGUUAAGUCUGACCAUAACACAGGGUUUCCCAAACUCGGUCCUUGGGAGCCCAAGGGCUGCACGUUUAGGUUUUUUCCCUAGCACUACACAGCUGAUCCAAAUAACCUACUGAUCAUCAAGCUUUGAUUAGUUGAAUCAGAUGUGUAGUGUUAGGGCAAAAACCAAAACGUGCACCCGGGGGGGUCCCGAAGACCAAUUUUGGGAAACGCUGCCCUAACACCAUUCUGCGAAGCUAAUCUACCUAUUAACCUGUUGCUGUCUAGUCACUUUGUUUCAGUGGUGGAAAAAGUACCCAAUUGUCAUACUUGAG